AAAAAAAAAAAAAAAAAACUCACUAAAACCAAGUUGUACAACUCGUUGUUGGAUUCGAUGGAAUCACACUCCCCAAUCAACCACCACUUCUUCCUCAGCCUUUCUUCUCCUUCACCAUCAAAAUCUUGAGACAGCUUUCCACAGCCAUAACCACUGUAAAAUCAACAAUCCCCUCGUCAUGACCGAGCCGGAUUCCGAUCACCCAUCUCCCCUUUUCCCCAAGUCCACCGCCCACCGUUCCACUUCCGACGACCGGACCCCACUUAUGGAUUUCGAUCUCGACUUGGACAUUCCUUGGCCUUUGGAUCAAAUCCCUUCUUUUGCUUCCAAUCCCAUGUCCCCUUUUCUCCUUUCAACCUCCGAUCAUCUUGCUUCCCCUCUUUGGGCCUUCUCUGAAGCUGAUGAUGAUGACGAUUCCAAGUUUGCUGCCUAUGCUUGCUCUGUUCUUGGUACUUCCAAUUCACAUUCUGUACCGCAAAAGCCAACCGAGAACCAAAAGUUUAAGAUUCUUCCAGUUCCAUCUUCAUCAUGGGGACUAUUGCCAUCGGAGAAUCCAGAUGGGUAUUGCUUAAUCAAAGAAAAAAUGGCACAAGCUCUUCGGUACAUUAAAGAAUCAUCCGACCAGCAUGUUCUAGCUCAGGUUUGGGCGCCUGUAAAAAGUGGUGGCAAGUUUGUACUUUCAACCUCAGGGCAACCGUUCGUCCUUGAUUCACAGAGCAAUGGACUUCAUCAGUAUAGGAUGGCCUCAUUGACGUUUAUGUUUUCCUUGGACGCUGACCAGGAUGGAUAUCUUGGGCUCCCUGGUCGUGUUUUCCAACAAAAAUUGCCAGAAUGGACUCCAAAUGUGCAGUACUACUCAAGCAAGGAGUAUCCACGACUUAGUCACGCUCUAAACUACAAUGUUCAGGGAACUUUGGCUUUGCCUGUUUUCGACCCUUCAGGGCACUCUUGUCUUGGUGUUCUCGAGCUAAUCAUGACCUCACCGAAGAUCAAUUAUGCACCUGAGGUGGACAAAGUCUGCAAAGCUCUUAAGGCUGUCAAUCUAAAAAGUUCAGAGAUUUUGGAUCAUCCGAAUAAUCAGAUACAAUCUUGGCAAUGCUUUUCAAACCAGAUUUGCAACGAGGGUCGUCAAAAUGCACUGGCCGAAAUUUUGGAGGUACUCACAGUUGUAUGCGAAACUCAUAACUUACCAUUGGCUCAAACCUGGGUUCCAUGCAGGCACCGAAACGUGCUCGCCAAUGGUGGAGGUUUGAAGAAAAGCUGUACUAGCUUUGAUGGUAGUUGCAUGGGACGGAUCUGUAUGUCCGCAACUGAAGUAGCAUCAUAUGUUGUUGAUGCUCACAUGUGGGGUUUUCGUGACGCAUGUUUAGAACACCAUUUACAAAAGGGUCAAGGGGUUUCUGGGAGAGCAUUUUUAUCCCACAGCUCAUGUUUUUGUGGAGACAUCACCCAAUUCUGUAAGACUGAGUACCCUUUGGUACACUAUGCACUUAUGUUUGGAUUGAAGAGCUGUUUUUCGAUCUGCUUACGAAGCACAUUUACUGGAGACGAUGAGUACAUUCUAGAAUUUUUUCUGCCACCGAGCAUUGUUGAUUAUCAGGAACAAAAGACUUUGUUGGGUGCAUUAAUGGCAACAAUGAAGAAGCAUUUCUACACUCUCAAAGUUGCUUCUGGAAUCAACCUUGAGGACAAGGACGGACUUGUUGAGAUUAUUCAAGCAUCGAGAAAUGGAGGAUUUGAAUCGAGAUUUGAAUAUAUUCAAAUUCCAACCCCCGUGGAAUUGCCACCUGCGUCUGAUGCCAUGCCGAAAGCAGUAGAGGUAGUUGCAUUAGAAACAUUGCAACAACAAUCUUUAAUGGUUCAUGAUGCUCCGAAGGAUGAAAACAAUAGUGCUUGGGAUGGGGAAAGCCACAAUCCCGUUCCUUGUCCACAGAAUAAGGAAGUCAAAAAGCCGUCCGAAAGGAAGCGUGGAAAGGCAGAGAAAUCGAUUAGUCUGGAGGUUCUUCAACAAUAUUUUGCUGGCAGUCUUAAGGAUGCUGCUAAAAGCCUUGGCGUUUGUCCCACAACCAUGAAGCGUAUCUGUAGGCAGCACGGGAUCUCACGGUGGCCAUCUCGGAAGAUCAACAAGGUGAACCGCUCACUUUCAAAGCUAAAGCGUGUGAUUGAAUCUGUUCAAGGGGCUGAAGGAGCAUUCGGAAUUUCUUCUCUGGCUACAAGUCCACUUCCUGUUACAGUUAGCUCGAGUUCUCAUCCUUUAACUCCGGAAGGGUCUAACCAGCAAAACUUUGUUGCUUCUCAACCAUCUGAUUCUCAAUAUAAGGAAACAAACACCUCAGAAGCACAGACAAAUGACACACAAGCUAGAUUGGAAGAUCAAUUACAUAGAGGAGUGUUGAGUCCAGAAGAACCAAUUCACGAUCAGAACGGAUUUCUGCUGAAGUUUGGAAAUGGUUUGAACAAUUUUAGAGCAGGGAGUGUAUCACGAGAAGAGAGUGCCGGGACACCUACUUCUCAUGGUUCAUGCCAAGGUAGUCCUGCAAACGAUAGUGCCCUAGCAAAUAAUCUCAUUUCUAUUCCUCAGCAUGAACAAUGUGUAAGAAGAGAAUCUCCUGAAGUAGCAUUCCAUACAAUCGAUAAACUGAAUAUAUCCACACCUGCUUGUCCAAUCCCGGAUACACUCGUGAUGGUUGAGCCCGAGGAACCAUUUGGAGGAAUGCUGAUCGAGGAUGCAGGAAGUUCUAAGGACUUAAAAAAUCUUUGCGCUUCUGUCGCUGACGCUGUUCUUGAUGAGCAAGUACCUGAAUUUUGUUGGUCCAACCCUCCUGAUAUAGCUCUGAGACAACCUAUGGACUCUGUUUGUCACACAGUCCCUCAUAUAUCACUUAGGCAAGAACCUAGGAGGAUGACUAUCAAGGCCACUUAUAAGGAAGAUAUUAUUCGAUUUCGAAUUCCCUUGAGUUCUGGUAUUGUAGAGUUAAGAGAAGAAGUGGCCAAGAGAUUGAAAUUGGAGGUUGGUACGUUCGAUAUCAAAUACAUGGACGACGAUCGUGAAUGGGUUCUUAUUGCAUGCGAUGCAGACCUACAAGAGUGUGUAGAUAUCUCAAAGUCAUCCGGUAGCAAUAUAAUAAGAUUGUCAGUUCAUGAUAUAAAUGUCAAUCUUGGGAGUUCUUGUGAGAGUACUGGGGAGUGAGAAUUCGAGUUGUGGAAAUUGAAAAUUUGUCGACGUCUUGUCUCUAUAUAUUAUAUUGGCAGUACUAGGAAGUGAAGAUUUAGUUCUAGGUAUUGAUAUUAUUUUACUCAAACUGUAUAAAAUCUUUCAUGUGAAUUGUAGAGAUUCUCUCCUCAUUUGCAGUUCACCUUUUUGUUUCUUCUUCUUUGUCAAAUAUGAUCUUCAGAGGUGGUAAGGGUGUUGAGUUUAAAAUUGCAACUUGAGAGAA